CGAUCUGCAGUUCCCACCAAAACAAGCUCCAGCCAGUAGCUUGUCUGCAGUGCUUCUAGCAUCUUCUCGUAGUGUCUCUUCUUUCUUUAUGCAUUUUUGUGAUUUUAUUUGCCAAGUUUAAUGAUUAAGCGGUGCUCAUCAACAGUUUUAGUUACCUUUUUUUCAAACCGUUUAUGAUCUAGUGGAAGAAAUGUCCUCCGCGCGUCAAGGCGGGAUGAAAAGAAAACGGGUUCCAGUCAAAGAAAAUCUACCUGUGAAAGAGAAGAAGCCAAGAUGCGAGGAGGAAAUCACCAGCCCAAAUACUUCAGAUGAGAGACUUCCAUUAUCUGAACUUUCUGGUAUCCACAUCAAUGAAACUGUCGAAAGUCGAGUUUUUUCAGUUUUCACCAGAUGUAAAAAGGCCUGCCCCAUACCUUCAACACAGAACAUUGAUGGAAAUCUUCUGUGGAAAUUUUAUAUGAGAAAAGACUCAGAAUGCUCAGAAGCAAGAAGUUCUUACUUAUUCACCUCCAACCCAAGUAUUCAACCUAGAAUGAGAAGUGUAUUGCUGGAGUGGCUGAUAGAGGUAUGUGAUGUAUAUAAACUACAUAGAGAAACCUAUUUCUUAGCUGUGGACUACUUAGAUAGGUAUCUUUCAGUUUCUGAAAAAAUAUCUAAAAACCAACUUCAGUUAAUUGGUGUGACUUGUCUGUUAAUUGCAUCUAAAUUUGAAGAAAUUUACCCUCCAAAGCUUAGUGAAUUCGCUUAUAUAACUGAUGGUAGCUGUUCUGAAGAAGACAUCCUACAUACAGAAAUUUUAAUUGUUAAAGCAAUAGACUGGAAAUGUACUACUAUAACUCCUGACAGAUGGCUCUCCAUUUUUUUACAAUUACUGUACAUCAAAGAAGGAGAUGUGACUGUAUUGACCAAAUUUUCUACAAAACUCUACGAUACUAUAGCAAGAUUAUUAGACUUAUGCAGCCUGGAUGAGGGAUUUUUGAGGUUCUCUUAUCGCAUACUUGCAGCAACAGCAUUUAAUUUAGUGUGUUCAAAACCAUCUGCUUUAGUUGGUUGGGGUAUGAGGUCUUCAGAUAUUAAAGAAUGUUCAGAAUGGAUGAGACCUUUUUGGCAUGUUUUAAAAGAAAAGUGCAGUGUGGAACCUGUAUCAUUAAAUAUGAAAUCAUUGCCUCCAGGACCUAAGCCUGCUGAUUAUAAACAUACUCUUAUGAAAAGGAAUGUAUCACUCGAUCUUCUAUCAUCUGCUCAAGAAUUGGCAGAAGUAGAAACUACUCCAGGACUCUUAACUCCACCAUCUAGUUCUAAAAGUACUGGAAAACCCGCAACUCCUAGUACUCGGGAUUAAUAUAUUCUUACGUUGUUAUGUAAAGUCUUACGUUAUUGUUUUUACCAAACUUUUUUAUAGCUUUGCAUGAAAAAGUUAACUACUUCUGUAGUCUUUGUUGAAAUUCGUUUUCAAUCUAAUAUUGACUGAAUUAAUUUGUAAAUAUGUUGAAAAUUAGGAUAAAAUUGUUAUGGAAAGAAGUAUGAAUUUUUUUUUUCAAGUGAAGAUAAUUCCACUUUUAUGUUAUUUUUUUUUUAAAUCAACUGAAAUGUAGUAAUAUUCAUACCAUAUCUGAUUUAUUUCAAUUAACUAAGAUUUAUCACUCCUACCUAUACUAUAGUUCAUUUGUUUGUCAGUUGGUCAGCAUUCUUGUAAUUGUUAAUAUUUAUAUUAGUUAUUUUAUCAAAUUGAAUAAAACUUUAAUAACUUUUAAUAUUCUUGGAUACAAUUAUAUAUUUUAUUAGUUACCUUAAUGUUGACCUACAUGUAAAUCACAAAGUGGAAUAAUUCCUCAUGUUUGUUCAUUGUAUACAAUUUGACCCAUUUAAAACAGCAACUUAAGAAAAUAUUUCAGAAACAAUGUAUUUUUGUACUAUUUUUUUCUUUUUUGUUUGUUUUUUUAAUUAGACUGUUGAAAUUAUUAAUAUAUUUUGUUAGUUGAUAAAAAAAAAAUUAAUAUAUUCAAUGUAUGAUAGCAUUUAUGAAUGCCAAGUGUGAAAGAUUAUUUUUGUUAAUGUCUUGCUUUACUUACUUUGUUGUAUAAUAUGGACUGAAAAAGUUGAAGUACAGAUGUUGAUUCUUCUUUAAAUCUAUUGAAGAAUUCUUGAAAUACGCUUAUAGUUUUUGUAUCUUCUAAGUAGUAUUAACUGUAUAAUGUUAUUCACUUCUUUUUGGCAGAUAACAUGAAAUCAUGGGGACAUAAUGUUUAUCGCCAGGACAUUUAAUAAACAACAUGGAUCCCUAUCCCAACUGCCUAAAAAUUAGUCAUUUACUUUUAGAAUUUAAGAAAUGUGCCUUGUCAAAUUUAAAUACAUUUAAGACUAAAUUGUUAGUAUUGGUACUAAAUUAAUAUGUUAUUACGCAUUUGUAUAAAUUAUUUCAAGAUGUGUACAAUUUUGGUGGAAUAUAUCUUUUUUUUUUGAGCAA